UAAAUAAAUGUUUGCAGAGCAUUUUAUCAUUGCCACCAUCCUUAUUUUCUCUGCAGUUCAGCGUCCUGCUGUCACCACAAGUGAAUGUUCUACUUGGGGUAAUUUCCACUUUCAGACAUUUGACAGUGCAAAAUUUGACUUCACUGGAACUUGCCGUUAUGUUUUUGCUUCACACUGCAAAGACAGUCAUCAGGACUUCAGUAUCCAGAUAAUGAGAAGCAUCAAGGCGGGGACUGCCAUCUAUUUCAUGGCCACUAUAGAUGGAGUGCUUCUGGAGGUCAAAGAAUCAGGCAUCACAGUAGAUGGGAAGACGUGAGUUGUCUCAACAUCUGUUGAUAGUCUUCUGUUUUCUCAUGAAUGCUCUUGUGUACCAGGAACAGUGUUUUCUUGGGUCUGAAAUCAGAGAGCCAAUGCUGAGAAAUGUCAUACAGUGGUGGCCCCAGAUUAGGGUGAUUUCCUACACUCAGGACCAACAUCAGGAGCUCUCAUGCUUCUUCAGGCAGCAAUCAUUAACAUGAGC